AAUGGGCGGUGGAGACCAAGGAGGAGGAAUUGCUUCUGGCGCUAGGGACGGAGGGGGCGUUCUAGGACGGCAUAUGUCAUUUCGGCAAACCUCAGGAGAUUCCGUUGCAUAUCCAGAAGAAUCCGAAAUAGAAUUGCACGAUGUAUCCCAACUUUCUGUGUUUUUCGUAGAUAAAUUGAAGCAAACCUACGACGAUUUCUACUAUCGGUUGAAGGCGCCACCUAACGAAAGCCGAGAAAUACCAACUACACGAAAAAAAACGUCAUCAUCUGCAAAAUAUAGGAACAAUUCCAGGGAAGCCGUUCAGGAGAAUUUUGCUUAUUCCCGAGAGAAACCACUCUCAUCGUCAACUCCCGAAAAGGCUUCUAGGAGUUCACGACUUUAUAGCGAAGAAGAACAUCCACAAUUGGAUCCGUCUAGUUCACCACUAAGGAUAACGCCUAGAAACUCGGAGGAUAGGUCUGUAUCGAGAAAAGGUGAUUUACGUGUGGAUGAUUUGGAAGCGCGACCUGGUUCUCCCCCGCUUAUGAUAUUAGAAUCGUCAGCUCAUAGCUCUAAAUCGAAAGAUUCGGAGAGAGCAUCGUCAACUAAGUCUUUUACUGGUGCUGAAAGAGGAAACGAACUUCCAUCCUCUAGUCGCAACGAACCACCAAUUCAACCAGUUUCUUUAGACGACGCAUGGAAGACUAGGACAGGUAUUUAUAAUAUAUUCUAA